AUGGAUUCCACCACCACCACCCCCACCACCACAACCAGCCCCGGAAGCAAGACCACCCACUUCUCCCUCUUCAAUGUCCUGCCUUUGGAACUCCGCAAACAGAUCUGGACCACCGUCCUGCUCAUCCCCCUCACCCCCUCUUGCAACAACAAGGCCCCCGACACCAGGCGCCCCCUCUACGUCCGGCCCUUCACCACUCUCGAGCCGGGAUACCCCGACAACAACCUCGCCGACCUCGAGAGCGAGGACGGCCCGGACUCGGUCAACGACCCUCCUCUCCCGCCUCUAAUCCCCGACCAGACGGCCGAAAACGCAAAGUCUGCCGCCUUGGGCCGGGCCGCGCGCUUCCACAUUCUGGACACAAUGGGCAGAAUCAACAUGCCCGGUACCCCGCUGGGCACGGCCGGCCGCGAUAGCGGGUGGCUGGUGAAGAAGGAGGUGGACCGCAUUGCGGGGUCGUGCCGGGAAGCCAGGGAGGCGUAUACCGACCUGAAGCGGUGGCUGGGCCCGCCGGAGAAGUGGGUGGAUCUGAGGGACGGCGUGUGCUGUUUCUGGGGCUAUAGGACGCGCAUUCGGGGCACGCCGGCGGGUGGGCACCCAUAUCAUGUGCUGGUACCAGGGCUGGAGUGGGAGGAUGCGCUGAUGUUGGAUGAUGGCGGGCCGGCGAAGGGGAGCCCGGGGAAGAAGGCAAUGGUUAGGAAGGACCAGGCCUUGAUUGCUGCUACGGCGCACUGUGAGGAGCUGGCGGUGAUGUGGGAGAAUGACUAUUGGAAGGAUCUCUUCGUCGCGGAGGACAACAUCAACGCCAACACCAACACUGACACCAACAACAGGGAGAAGCGCCCGACGCCUUGCUGUGAAGUCUUUAAAAAGCACCUGGUGGGCGUGGUAACCGGCCACCCCAGACUACAUACACUGUAUCUACUUGACCCAAACCUGGCGCCCGCUCAGGCACAUACGCCCGCUGGAAGUGUGCCCAAGUUCCGUGGGGACUCUGCUUCAUUCUUUGAAAUAGAUCGUUCCAAGGCCGACGGCUGGUGGACCCCGAAUCCAGGUGCAGGUGCCCGGAAUGUGUUUACUUGGGCCGAUCUUGAAAAGCAACUGUCCUCGAUGAAGAAGGAGGUUGGGGCCGAUGGACACAUCCAGGUGAAAGUUCUUGCUUGUGUGCUUGAUUCCGGCGCGCGACCGAUGCUAAGGUUGUGCGAGGAUUAUACGCUCCAACUUGUCGAGGAAGGGAACGAAAUCGGGGCGUUUGUGGCUGGAAUCCAAGUCGCCGCCUUGAUAAAGGACUUUAUUGAAUUUCAAGAGCAGUGGUUCAAGUCUGCACACGCGGGAUUCAACCCCUUCGCCAUGUCAUCCAGGUCGUCUUUCUCUUUCUUCAAAGCCCUCCCCCACCACGUCCGACAGGACAUCUGGGAGAGGGCGACAUUUUUAGAGUCAUCAAUGGAAGUCCUGACCAUGUUGAUAGACGAAGACGAAGAGGGUGAUGGGGACUACCAAGACCCCGAACAGGCGCCAGCCAUGAAUCACCAAUAUCGUCCUUCGCCAGUUGAAAUUAACGAGUUUAAGAGAAGGCAUCUCUUCUACUCGUCAAUCUACUGGCACAUCCAAAUAUUGCCUCGGUUUGUCGCGAUGCCCGCCAGGUCAUCAAGCGCGUAUAUCUCCCUAGCUUUGAGGGCCGGGAAGUGUCUGCUGUGA